GCCACCUAACCCGGGGUUGGGGGCACGCUGCACGCAGAGCAGAACUCGGGUGUCCUCAGAGCCGCUUGGAGGGUGCCGGGUACCCACCGACCAGCCGCCGCCACGAUGCCCAACUUCGCCGGCACCUGGAAGAUGCGCAGCAGCGAGAAUUUCGACGAGUUGCUCAAGGCGCUGGGUGUCAAUGCCAUGCUGAGAAAAGUGGCUGUGGCCGCAGCGUCCAAACCCCACGUGGAGAUCCGUCAGGAUGGGGACCAGUUCUACAUCAAGACGUCCACCACGGUGCGCACCACCGAGAUCAACUUCAAGGUCGGGGAAGGCUUCGAGGAGGAGACAGUGGAUGGACGCAAGUGCAGGAGUUUGCCCACUUGGGAAAAGGAAAACAAGAUUCACUGCACGCAGACGCUCCUGGAAGGGAAGGGCCCCAAGACCUACUGGACCCGGGAGCUGGCCAAUGACGAGCUCAUUCUGACUUUCGGUGCUGAUGACGUCGUUUGUACGAGGAUUUACGUGCGGGAAUGAAUUGGCACAUAUGCUCCAGCUGGGGGUGGGAUGCAUGUUCUCUGAGGAAUGCCCUGGACCUGCCCUAUAGUAUUAGUUAACCCUUUUCCCCAGCAGUGUGCUUGUCUAGCUCUCCCAAGGUCUGUCUGUGCCUCUCUGUGCACCAAGUCUGGUGUGUGCGCAGUGUCAUGAGUCAAUAAACUGGGUGGACACC